CUUGGAGUCCCGCAGGCUACAUCAUCGAACAUCUGGUAUCACUCUGCCUGGGCACAUAUAUUCUACCGUCCCCCUUUCAAGAUCUAUAUCGGUCCCAAAAACACGACUACCAUCAACCAAGACAAACAUCAUACAAGACUAUUACCACUCCAAGCUACAACUACCACAUCUCAACAUAUCAACCCAUCAAUCCAUCAACCACAAUGUUCUCCUGCGCCAACUACGAACGUGGAUGCCGAGGACGCUGCAACGCAAAUGGCAGCCGAUGUGAAGACUGCAUUGCUCUCAACCUUCAAGCUCGCUCGAGCAGCACAUCCUCAACUUCAUCAACCAAUUCGAGACCAAUGGCUUCGUAUUCAGCGAUGACGUCAUCCUUUGCAUCGCUCAAACACCUCAACUCCGCUACAACAAGGGCAUCGUAGUCAUGGAGACAAUCAACUUAUAACGACUUGUAUGAACGACCUUUUUGAACCUUAGCGAAAGUGUCAUUGAACACUACCAUCUUCUACUGGACCAACUUCGAUCCAUCAUUAGGGCAGCAUCUGGGUUUGCAUUUACACGGCGCAACUUACUCCUGGUGGGCUGCAUGAUAUACCACUUUGUUCAAAUAGACAGAACUUGCGCAGGCGCGGAGUAUGAAGAUCAUGAGAUAUCGAAGAGCACACAUGAUGCCACGAUGUACAGAGACACUACGAUCCGCGGAGGAUCACGAGAAGAUCUACGUAUAAACCACAUUCA